AUGACAAAGAUAACAGACAAGAGAGUGUCCAGAAGACAUGCGAUUCUUGAGGUGGUGGGCGGUCAGCUUCGAAUCAAACCGAUUCACACAAGUCCAUGUUUUUAUCAGUCUUCUGAAAAGAGCCAGCUCUUACCAUUGAAGACAAAUCUAUGGCACUGGUUGAACCCUGGAGAUAGUUUUUCUUUGUUUGUUGACAAAUACAUUUUCCGUGUUUUCUCUACGUAUUCUGAAACAGAAUUGGGCUGUACUUUAAGAAAUAGUCAAAUGCUUGAUGAAGAUGAAAUAUUGAACGAAACACCAGAAUCAUCCUUGGUUAAUUUGCCUGAUGAGACGACUGGUGCCCCACAGCUGGAAGGAAGCACAGGACUAACAACGACCCAGACUUCUACUACAGAUAGUGUGUCUUUCGCAGGUGAAUGCUCAGGCAUCAGUAAGCAGCAGUCCAACCCCGCCCAGAGGAAGAGAAUCCUUCCAGCGUGGAUGUUAACAGAUCUGGGUGAUCAAAACCUCCCAGCACCAGUGACCAGUGGAAAUAAUGUAAGCCAGAAAAGUGGAAGAGAAGGAAUCUGCAAAAAUAAAACCCAAGAAAACAUAACACAGCAAGGAAGAAAGCGAUUGAUUUCACCAAGAAGCUCACAAAGUACAUCUGCAGAGCAAGACACAGGAAAAAAGUGCAGAAAUGUUGAUCAGGAAGAGUCUGUCAUUUCAUCCAAGGAAAUACCACAAUCAGUUCCUACAGUCACAUUAAGUAACACAGAUGUGAGAAAUAAGAAGACUAAUGCACUGAGAAAUGAAAUCCCAACAGAGGAACUUGGUAAGGUUUCUGAAGAUGAAAUCAUCACUAAAGGAACACAAAAUAAAGAAGAGACAGUGAGCUGUUCUGAGAAUUGUUCGAGUGCCCAAGGCAAGUCUUCCCAUGGGGAAUCUCAAGGAUCUUGUCCUGGGCCUAGCUCUGAUCCCUCCAACCCUGCAACUCUGCAUGCAAAAGCAGCUGAUCCAGCUCUACAAGGUUCUGAAGAAAACAAGGUCAAGAGAACAUCCUGCAUUUAUGGGGCAAACUGCUACAGGAAGAAUCCUGUCCAUUUCCAACAUUUCAGUCACCCUGGUGAUAGUGAUUAUGGAGGCGUACAAGUCAUGUGUCAAGAUCUAGCUGAUGACCGGCCUGAAUGCCCUUAUGGAGAAUCUUGUUAUAGGAAGAAUCCUCAGCACAAGAUAGAAUAUAGACAUAGUACACUUCCAAGUAAGUAA